UGGUGCAAACUCGUCGUGCAAAACGCCAGCUGAUUUCCGAACAGCCACAGCCGCGUUCAGGUGCGGCUUCCAGGUGGAAUAAACUUCCAAGUUUAUUCGUCAGUUGCUUCAAUUAGCGCUCACCAUGGACGCUUCUUACAAGUUCCCCGUCUUCUUCAACUGCGACCGUUUGAACGACGAACAAAAAAAGAAGAUAGAAAAUUAUUUCCAGAUUCGGCGCAAAUCCGGCGGAGGAGAGAGCGGCUCGUUGACUGAAGUCGGCGGAAAAGUUUACAGCAUUGCUUUUAAAGAUCAACAAGCUCAACAAAGAGUCCUGCAGAAAUCUAAGCAUGUUGUGGAUUUAGCUGGUCUUACGGUAGAGCUGAUUGUGCGAGACAAUCCCGCCUCCUCUGGCGACGCCUCUCCGCCUCCAGACCAGUCAGCCAACCCGAACCUGAAUGCAUCGGCCACAUCUCCGACACAGCUGUCCCAUAUUCCUUCAAAACUGCAACCAACUAGUGAAGAAUAUGAGCUAAUUUGCGACGCGUAUCUACUCCGCUACCUGAACGAAUCUCCAAAAGUCAAAGGAGAACUAGACAAUCAGCUGGCCUUACUUUCCUGCACCGCUGAGCUCCAACCACAGGAGGAGAGAGUUUUAGUCAGGCGAGUAGCUCAGCCAGGUGCUGAACCUGACGACUGGAAAUCUGAGGUGAACCAACUGUUUGAUGGCUACAUGUGCCACUAUGAGAUGGACGCUCACAAAGUCAAAGCUUUGCUGCAGUCCUACAGCUCUCGUCAGCCUGCAGAUGAGGUGAAGGUGUACAAUGACAUCGGAAUGACUGUGGUUGUGGGAGAACGAAGACAGGUGGAAGCAAAGUUAAGAGAUUUAGAGUCUCUCUAUGUUAAAAAUAAAGGAUCUCGUCCAAGUGACAUACAAACCACUUUUCGUCGAAUCGGUGAGGCAAAACUGCGUCUCCUCUGGAAGGAGAUUGAAAGCAGCCUAGGGCAAGACUUUCCAGCAUUAAAGGUCACACAGGCUGAUGAAGGUAAAAUAUCUCUAAUGGGGUCUGUGGAAGAAAUCCUCAAGGCCGGUGAGGUAAUUAGUGAAAAGGAGAAACUAGUGUUGGAGAGGACGAUUACUGACAAAAGCCUACAAUUUUUGGCAUUCUUAAAAAACGUCUAUGGUGGUCCCGGGAUGCUUUGCGAGUUUUUGGGAGUGGCAGAGAUGGUGGAAGCAGAAAUACGAGACACAACGCUCCACUUCUUCUCUUUCAGUGACGACAAAUUAGACGAGUCUAUGAAAAUGAUCCAAGAAAACUUUAAGGAUGUCACAUAUGAUAUUCCUAACUAUCCUGUUUUGCCGCCAGAGCUCUGUGAAGCGCUUAAAUCCAAGGAAAACGAGAUUAACCAAAUGCAGUGGAGAGCCAUUGUUGGGGUUGGUGCAGGUGGCACUGUGUGUUUGUCCGGCCAUUCGGUUGAGGUUGACGAGCUGAGUGAAAUUGUAUCUCAGUUUAUCUUGGACCAAGUAAGCGUGGAGGGAAAAGUCAUUCUCCCCUUCCCAGAAUUAUGUCCUCUAUUAACCGAAUUUCUGCAGAGACAGAGAUUUGACUAUUCGGGUGUUACCUUCACUCCUGUAACAUCAUCUUCCAGCCCCACUGUGUUGCUUGUAGGUGCAUCCAUCAAAGUGACUGAGGUCAGGAAUAGGCUGGGUCCACUUCUUCAAUCUGUUGUGCAGAACAAAGUGACCAUUGACCUGCCAGGGGCAGCGAGAUAUUUUAGUGGUCACUCUGGAAGAGAUAUGCUCAUAAAGGUUGCAGAAUCUCAGAAGUGUCUCAUACAGCUCGAGGACCAGCCUCACUUGAGUAGACAGAUGACUCGUCUCGCUAAAUACAAUCUUCAGCAUGGAGUGCAGGUGAUAGUUUAUCAGGGUGACAUAACAAAGCAGAAUGCAGAUGCCAUUGUAAAUGCCGCCAAUGAAGAUCUAAACCACAUUGGUGGUGUUGCUGCUGCUCUGAGUAAAGCAGGUGGUCCUCAGGUGCAGAAAGAAAGCAAAGCCCUUGUGAAAGGGAAUGGAAAGGUUGCUGUCGGCGACGUAGUGGUAACUACAGGGGGCGACCUGAAAUGCAAGAGCCUGCUCCAUGCUGUUGGACCUGAAAGUGGAAAAGCUAGUGGCAGAGAGAGGAGCUUACUGGAGAAAACGGUUAGCAACGCUCUGAAGCUAGCCGAACUGAUGGAGUUCAAGUCUAUAGCCCUGCCAUGCAUCAGCUCAGGCAUUUAUGGUGUUCCCAUCAAAGUUUGCGCUGAGGCCAUCGUAACAGCCAUCAAGGUGUUUGGUAGUCAGGACGGGCGAAGUCUUAGCAAAAUCAUUCUGAUAGAUAAAAGGGAAGAGGUGGUGAGGGCCAUGCAGGAAGCGUGUGACCGCCUUCUGCCAGGGAAAGAUCUUGGAUUCAGGACGGACGUUGCUGACCAAGAAGGAGCAAGCGGCGCCACUGCUGGAGCUCCUGUACAAGUUGAGAUUGUGAAAGGAACAAUUGAGAACCAACAGGCGGAUGCCAUUGUGUCUCCUAUGCUUGCCCACGAUCCUGUGUCUACACGCAUAGGAAAUACUUUAAAAACAAAUGCUGGACCUCAGCUGGUGACAAUGUUUUACCAGGAAGCAGGAGGGGCAACACUGCCAAGUGAUAUAGUUGUAGUUGAGAGGGUACCUCGUCUCAAAUGUAAAGCAGUCAUCUUUCUCAACCUGCAGUCUUGGGAUAACAAACAACAUGGACCUGCAACUGAGGUGCUGAAGCAGGGAAUCAGAAAGAUACUGAAUGCUUGUAACAGCAGAGGCUACAGUUCAGUUACUCUUCCAGUGCUGGGAACUGGAGCUCAACUGAAUUUUCCACACAACGUGGCGUCCAGGAUUCUUCUGGAGGAAGUUGGUGCCUUCGAACGAAAGCGGACCAGUGGUUCACCUUUCCUGAUCAGAAUUGUUGUCCAUCCUACAGACAAAGAAUCAAGCAAGGCACUCCAGUCUGCACAGGGAGGGUUGCAUCUCAGAGGAUUUACCAAUGAUGUUGAUCCAACUCAAGCGUCCUUUUACCGACAUGUCUCCAUGAGUAAGGACGAGGUCACGGCCAUGAUGGGCGCAGUCAAGUUACAGAUCAUCCACGGUGACAUUGUGGCUGCAGGAACUGAUGUCAUCGUCAACACAACUGACUUCACUGAUCAUCAGUCUGGGGUCUCUCACGCCAUUUUGGCAGCAGCAGGGCCGGCAGUCCUUACAGAAUUAACGAGAGUGGGCACUCCUCCAGACCUCAUGUGCACAACACAACCUGGACUUCUUGGGUGUAAGGAAAUUGUCCAUGCUAGCUUUAAAUCCAACUGCGAAGUGGUCCGCAAGAACUGCAAGAAGAUCCUGAAACUCUGCGAGAGCAAAGGAUUCCGCUCAGUGGCAUUCCCAGCCGUUAAUACGGGACAGGGUACAUUGACUCCUAAAGAAGCUGCUGAAGCAAUGCUGGACGGCUUGGCCUCAACCAUCAGGGACAUGAAUCCUACCUCUCUGUCAAACAUUCGCAUCGUCAUCCUGCAACAACCGGUUUUCCAGGGUUUCAGAUCAGAGCUGGAGAAUCGUCUUGGGCGGAUUGUUCAGAGCAACCUCAGCCUCAAAGACAAAGCCAGACAAAAGCUAAAGAAGAUCCAAGGAAAAUGCUCUAGACUGACAAUGUUCUCGUCCAAACAAGACGUAACCAUCUCUUCGAAGCCCGAGUCAACGGUUUUGCAGGUAAUCAGCUCUGGUCCAGACGUCGCCAAGAACGUCAAGAAAGAGUUGGAGUUGAUCAUGCAGAAAGAGCUCAUAGAGAGAACAGUGCCUGUGCAUUGUGUCUCUAAGCUAGACGCUAUGGAACUGGACGCAGUGCAGGCGAAAGUCAAACUAACGGGAAUAAGCGUAGAACGCAAAACGGUCGAUACCGGUAGACCCAGGGGAAGAAAUGGGUCAAGCAAAGAAGAGUACGUCCUGAAAGGUUUAAAGGAAGAUGUCCUGAGUGUCACCGAGUUGAUAAACAAAGCAGUUCAGAAAGUACUAGAAGAAGACCUCAAAGACAAGGAAGAGGCAAUGUUGGCUCUUACCAUCCAGUGGGCGAUGAAAGAUGACAAUGGAGAAUGGCAGGAGCUGAGCCUUAGUGGAAACUACAUGCUGGAGGAAGCUCACUUACAGGAAAAAGUGUCCGUGGACAUUGAGAUGCCUGAAGGCAAGACCCUCAAGGUAAACAUGAGGUCACAAGACGCCACAGACUGGGUGACUGGCAAAAGAUAUGAACUGAAAAGGACAAAGAGUGAAGCCUUGGAGUUACCUUCGCACUGGGAACCUAUGCAAGGCGAAAUCUUUAAAAAGGUGGAGUUGCAGCCAAACUCCAACGAAUACCAGAAUGUCGCUAGUGGCUUCCUCAGAACUGCCAAGUACAAUAUCCAUAAAAUUGAACGUGUGCAGAACCAGUACCUGUGGAACGCCUACAGCGUGUGUCGGCAGCGUAUACUAGCCAAGAAUGGCCAAGCAGAACUCUGUGAAAAGUCUCUGUACCAUGGCACAUCUGCAGAGUCGUGCAACUGCAUUGAAAGAGACCGAUUUGACAGGAGUUAUGCUGGAGCACAUGCUACCGCAUACGGAAAAGGAGUUUACUUUGCGGUCAAUGCUGAAUACUCUGCAAAGAGUUUUUCUCCACCAGACCAAACGGGAAUGAAGCGACUGUAUGUUGCUCGUGUUCUCACCGGCCGUCACACACUGGGUAAAUCCUCCAUGAAAGCUCCCCCUCCCCGAGGUGCAGACCCUACUGACUGCUUCGACAGUUUGGUGGACAACAACCAGCAGCCUACGAUGUUUAUAGUCUUCCAUGACGACCAGGCCUACCCAGAAUACCUCAUCACCUUCAGCUGAGCAGGACAGGCAGUUCCUUUGCAUGUCCCUUUACCUGCAAAGCUCCUUUAUCACUGGUGCUUUUGGUUAAUGUUCUUUUGUUUGGUUGCUUUUUUUUUUGUAUCUUAUUGUGAAAUGUGUUCAGAUCUAUGCAAAUCAAUAAGAAUGCUUUGUAGGAUAUACGAGCAUGUAAAGAUUAUAGACAUUUGUCAAAAUGUUAAAGAACUUCUAUAGAAUCUUAUUAGGGUACAAUAAAAUGGCUGUUGGCUGUAGUUGGGUAGAGACUCAACCAGAACUUGGCCUGCCUCCGACAGAAUGACAAUGUAGUCAUUCUCCUACUGUACAAAAGAUAUUCACUGGAGGAAAAUAUUGAUUUGUCUUUUUUAAUUAAAGGAACUAUCUUUAAUGACACAGUACACCAGCAGAAAAAUGUUUCCUCUUAAAAAGUUGUUAGAUAAAUUGAUGAAUUCCACAUAAAAAAAGAGGAAGUGAUUAAUCAUUUUUAGCUUCAUAAAGUCGUUAAUUUGUUAAUGUUUUUAACUGACAGAUUGUAGUAAAUGUAAUUAGCUGAAGCUAAAUGCUACGGUCACAAAAAAAAUUCAACUAAUUUCAUUUUUUUAACCCUCUAAUUUUCCUGAUGAUUCUUUGUAAGUUUGAUAUAAUGGCAGUUUAAAUGCCCACUGUAUUUUAGGAGAUGAUCACAGAACCACUGAUCUAUCAGUUCUAAUUGUUAUUGUAUAUAUGGGAGCUGAUAGUCAAAAUGGAGUCCUCCACAUGCAUGGAUUUUUCUUUCUCCAAAGUAAUAACUGCAAUUACAAGAACAGUUAGUAAACAGCAAAAGUUUAAGCAACACAGUAUGUGUCUACACUGUCUUUAAUUGAAGACACACACAUUAUACAUAUAUAUAUAUAUGUAUAAUGUGUGUGUUUGUAGAUCGUUUUUGUUGGGCAAUGUGAAAUGGGCAAUUUUAGUUUCACAACAAAGUCAGUGUAACACAAUCAAAGCAAAUACAAAUGUUUGUCUGAUUACCAGUUAAAUCAUGAUUAGGGUCAUGUACGUCUGGCACUGGAACUUUAAUGAUUUUGAACCAAGUCUGUAUUUAACUACAUUGACCCAAAAGCAAUAAUUUAUAUACAGAAUUUUAUUAACUGUUUAUCACUGUAAUGUACAGUUAAAUUCUCACUUUUCUGUACUAAUAAAACAAACAUUCAAACCUCAA